AUGGACGAGCAAGCUGAUAUAGCCUUGCUCGAACAGCACCUACAGAAGACAAAUCUCCUCAGUCAACGCAUGACAGCUAUACUAGCUCAGCUCGAUGCUCGCCUUUCCAGACUGGACAAGACCAUUACCCCUCUGGGUCUUCAGCCGUUGACCAUCAAAGCAAAUAAUAUAGACGCUCUUCUCUCUCUUCUGACCCCUAAACCUCCUCUGUCCAUCCAAACAGCAGCUCCUACCAGACCCACCACCGCUUCAUCAACUACUUCUCGCUCGGUACCUCAGCAGCCUCCGAGAGGCUACACGCUCGAACCACCGCCUCUUACACCUGUUAUACCCUCCCCAGGCAUUCCCACUGGUACUCCAGCGGAUGAGACAGCCAUAGUCACUCGUGGUCCUGACAUUGUGUCCCUGAAUGAGUACUUCUCUGCUCUUGAUUCCGUGCGGGGAGAUUUGGAAAGGAUGUGGAAAGGUCUAAGAGAGGGCAAAGGAGGUACAAGAGAGGCAGGCGUGAAAGACAUGAGUAAGCUGGUACAGGUAGGGUUCGAGGGAUUGAGCCAGUUGUUACUCAAGAUUGCUAGGGAGGGUACAGCGAGGACUUUUGACCCUGCCGCUCUCUUGACAUCAGGUCCACCGACUCCUCCCAACUUCUUUCCUCCCCUGAACACCGUCUCUCCUAUCACUAAAUAUCUCCAAGCGGCCAUCUCACCCAUCCCUACUAGAACGCGGGAGAUUGCUCUAGGGGUGAUGGAGAACACAGUCAGAUCUUUUGCAGAAAUCAGAGUGGAUUGGAUACGACGUUCUCUGUCUGCUAUGCUUGCCAAAGUUGAGGAAGUUGAUGGAGAUGGCAUAUGGGAAGUGGGUAAGGAGAAAGUAGGGGCCUUGGUCAAGCUCUGGGAAGUCCUGCUGCCUGUCAUGGAGGCCGAAACUCUGGUCAUAACAGCUCUUUUUCCCGCAUCUCCUCCACCACUACUAUUCCCCACUACCUUCCUUCCGGUCGUCUCGCUUAUCUCGUCUACUCUCACCCCAAAUAUCAAUAUCAUCAAACGCUCGCUCUCCUCCCACACCUUUUUUGCUCUCGAACUGUUCAGAGCACUUGGUUCCUUACAGCCUCGCUGGGAAUCUACGGUGCACAAAUGUCUUUCUAUGCUCCCUCCGGCCCCUCCUUCAGACGUCAGAGAACUCCACACUCCCCUCAGCUCGCCCAUCUCUGGUCUUCGAGGACUGAUCAUGCGUUCGUUCCCCGAACGUCUCGUCGAUAUCAAGAUCUCUCCGGUCGGCGGACCUCCAGAAUCGACAAUCAGCGAUGUGACGUAUACGACUCUAACUUAUCUAGAGAUGUUACCGUCUUAUCAUGAAGUGGUAGAGGGAUUGUUGGGCCAGAGUCACGCAGAGAGGAGCUGGUUGAUGGGGAGUAAGGAGAUACCCAGUACCGCAAGGAGUGCAGCGGACGAAGGGGGAUUACUGAACUUGUUCGUAGCUGAUGUGCUGGGAACUUUGUUACAACAUUUGGAGACUCGAGCAGGCCCGAUGCGUAAACCCAUAGGCUCUACUUUCCUCUUGAACAACCUCUCACAUAUUAGAAACACCACAUCAAGUUUCAAGUCUGAUGUCAUCGGGCCUAAUGCCGAAGGUAUGCUCAACAAAGCUUUCAGAGAUGCAAAAUUGCAAUACAUGGCCGAGUGGACCAAUCUUGCUUCCUUACUCACUUCCCCGCCAACUUCCACUCCGCGUUUCGGCAUGUCCGUACCUGGCGUAUCAGGCUCAGAACGGAACACCCUGAAAGAAUCCGCCACCCUGUUCUUCGACCGACUCUCAGAGUUGGAGCAGGUGUGCACUCAGUAUCCACUUUCAAGGCAAGAUCCAGAUCUACGAGAUAGAUUGGCGAGCGAUGUGGAUGAGGUUGUGGCGACGGCAUACAGGACCUUUGUGACGAGAUGUCAGGGAAAACAGUUGGACAAGUACUUGCGGGCUACACCGGAGGAGGUGUCCCGCCGUAUAUAUGCGGUGUUUCGAUGA